AUGGAUCAUCUUAUUUGUGACGCGAAUAAUGCCAUUUUAGACGAAGAAACAAACACAAGUGGGGAUGAAUGUUUGUUUCCUUCCGAUGAUGAUGACGACCCUGAUUAUGAGCCCGUUGAAGAGGUUGAAUCGUCUGCCAACACGUCCAUACAUGAUAGGGGUGCUCGUCCGCCAACACAUGAUCCGGAUUGGUACAAUGAUUAUACAUCAUACGAGAAUGCUUUUCAAACUGCUAGUUCGUCCAUUGGAGUUGGAAUGGUGUUCGACAGCUACCGACAGUUAAAGAAUAUGUGUGCGUGGAUUAUUAGUGCUGCGCAGAUCCAAGAUUCCGAUGCAUGGAAAGUUAAAAAGUUUCAUAAUAUCCACGGAUGCCGUGUAGACUAUAAGGAGGGCGGAGAUGACUACAACCUUACCAGUAAAGUGAUUGCGGAACUAAUUUUGCAAAAAAUUGCAGAUGAUCCGCGAUACAAAAUUAAAUACGUCAUCGAAGAUGUCAAGGCAAAAUGGGGUAUUCGGGUUGAUUACAAGAAGGCUUGGUACGCAAAGGUCAUCGAGUUGGAGACGCUGUAUGGAAAGUGGGAUGAGUCCUACAACAUAUUGCCACAGACGUUAAUGGCCAUACAGCAAACAAAUCCAGAUUUCGUUGUUGAUACUGUGUACACGGAAACGGGAGUCCCGAAUGAGUUUCGAUUUAAGUAUGUGUUUUGGACAUUCAAACCGGCAAUUGAAGGGUUUAAACACUGUUUACCCGUACUUACGGUCGAUGGGACGCAUUUGUACGGAAAGUACAAAGGACACCUUCUAUUAGCAGUAGCUAUAAAUGCCAACAAAGAAAUACAUCCAGUUGCAUACUCAAUUGUUGACGCUGAAACAGGAGAUAGUUGGAGUUGGUUCCUGAGAUUGCUGGCUGAAAAUGUUUUUGGCGAUUUGGAACACAUUUGUAUUAUCUCGGAUAGGCAUGGUGGCAUCGACCAUGCAUUUCGGGAAGUACCUGAACUGGCCGAGCCGCGGGUCCAGCGUCGAUACUGCCUCCGACAUUUGUGGUCAAAUUUGAUGACCAAGUUUAAGAACAAGGAAUUAAAAAAUCUGUUUUGGCAGGCCGGUUGUGCUAUGGAUGUUCGGGGGUUUGAGGCGGUAAUGAGUAUAAUUCGGGCAACUGAUGAGGCGGCAUAUAAUUACUUGAUGGCAAUCCCUGCCCGGUUUUGGGCCCUAAGUCACGAUGGGGGAUUUAGACAUGGAUUGAUGACGACCAACAGCUCGGAAUCUUUCAACAACAGCCUAAAGCGUUGUCGUCUUCUGCCCGUCUCGGCUAUAGUGAAGCUAACGUACGAAAAAGCUGCUUUAAUGUUCGCCGAGAGGCGUACAGCUGGAAUGGUAAUGCAACAAGGGGGGUUGCAAUGGCCACGUAAUAUUCUUGAUGAAAUGUUGAAAAGGGAAAGCCACAAGUACCGCGCCAUUGUAAAACGCCAUGACGACCUUGACGGUAUUUAUUCGGUUGCGAUUGAAGGUGAUAUAAAUAGGUACGGGAGACCGAACUUCGUGGCGAUUAACAUCAACGAACAGGUUUGUAACUGUGGCUAG